AUGGGCAAGGCGGCGCGGGGCAAGAAAGGCGGCCCGCCGGUGGCCGCCGGCCGGGCCUCGGGCUCCGCCGCCCGCCUGGUGCGCAGCAACCCCUUCGAGGUGAAGGUGAACAAGCAGAAGUUCCACAUCCUGGGCCGGAAGACGAAGCACGACGUGGGGCUGCCGGGCGUCUCUCGCUCCAAAGCCCACAAGAAGCGUACACAAACGUUGCUAAAAGAAUACAAAGAAAAGGACAAAUCUAGUGUGUUUAAAGACAAGCGGAUUGGUGAAUAUGACACCAGAAUAAAUCCAGAGGAAAAAAUGAUGAAGAGGUUUGCUUUGGAACAGCAGAAAAAUCAUGAGAAAAAAAGCAUCUAUAAUCUUAAUGAAGAGGAAGACUUAACUCAUUACGGCCAGUCUCUGGCAGACAUUGAGAAACUGAAUGAUGUCCUGGAGAGUGACAGUGACACUGAAGAAACUGGAGUGCUGUCAGCUGAAUUAACUGCUGCUCACUUUGGCGGAGGUGGUGGUCUUCUUCGUAAAAAAGCUCUCUCGGGGCAGGAAAAUGAAAACGACAAAAAAAGUAAAUCGCGGAAGGAACUUAUAGAGGAACUAAUUGCAAAAUCCAAACAGGAAAAGAGAGAGCGACAAACUCAGAGGGAAAAUACACUAGAACUUACAGAAAAACUCGACAAUGAUUGGAAAGAAAUCCAAGCCUUUCUGUCCCACAAAAAUUCCAAGACAGAGACCAAACACAAAGUGGAGGAGAAGGUCAAGCCCGAUGAAUAUGAUAUGAUAGUUCGAGAGCUUGGGUUUGAGAUGAAGGCACGGCCCUCCGGUAGGAUGAAAACUGAAGAAGAGUUGGCGAAAGAGGAACAAGAGAGACUUCUCCAGCUAGAGGCAGACAGGUUACGUCGAAUGCAUGGCGAAGAUGAAUCUGAUCCCAAAAAGAAACCCAAGCACAUUUCAGCUGAUGACUUGGCAGAUGGGUUCAUCCUGGAUAAAGAUGACAGGCGUCUUCUUUCUUAUAACGAUGGGAAACUGAGUAUUGAGGACGACAAUGGUGAGGAUUUGGAAGACAGCAGAGGGCGAAAAGAAGAUGACAGUGAAGAAGUGGAAAGUGAGGAAGAAUCUGAUAGUGACUGUGAUGCUAUUGAUAGUCACUCUGAUCUUGAAUCAGAUGAUGGAACUGUGGAAAAAACCAUUGCAGGUGAAGAACAGAAAAAGAGAAAUGAAAUGAACAAAAAUAAAUCACAAUCUGAGGAGCAAAUCGCAAAGAAGAAAGUCGCCAGUCUGGAGUUGCCAUAUACAUUUGCUGCUCCAGAAUCCUAUGAGCAGCUUAAAGCAUUAUUGUUGGGAAGAACAAUGAAAGAGCAGCUGCUUGUGGUAGAAAGGAUUCAGAAGUCCAACCAUCCAAGCCUGGCCAUGGAGAACAAAGCAAAGUUGGAAAAACUGUUUGGAUUUCUUCUGGAGUACAUUGUGGAGCUGACAGCCGGGGAGCCUCCAGAGCUCAAAACCGUGGAUAUGCUGGUCCCGACCUUGUAUGAUCUUUGCCAGAUGUUCCCUGAAGCUGUGAGUCAUCAUGUGAAACUUGUCCUUCGAGAUGCUGCUCAUGACAUGGAUGAAGUUCUGGAAGUGAGAGGCCGUGCACCAUUUCCAGGGUUAGACAUGCUCAUAUGUUUGAAAAUCAUUGCAAUACUUUUUCCAACCUCUGAUUACUGGCAUCCUGUGGUAACACCAUCAAUGGUUUACAUGAGCCAGCUACUUACAAAGUGUCCAGUGACAACCCUGCAAGAUGUAGCUAAAGGGUUGUUUGUUUGCUGUCUCUUCCUGCAAUAUGUAUCUGUGUCUCAAAGAUUCAUCCCUGAACUUGUCAACUUCCUCUUGAGAAUUCUUCACAUGGCUAUACCCAGCAGAGGAGUCCAAGGCCUUCCUUUGAUUAAUCCUUUUAGAUCACUAGAUAAAAACUGCAACGUCCUUGUCAUCUGUGAAGCAGCAGACACGAAGACCUGGCAACAGCAAAAUCUUCCACUCCAUGUCGUAACUGGAUCCAAAGAAAAUAGCAGAGCAGAAGUGAAUCAUCUCAGGCUUUCCUGCGUAGGUCUGUGCCUGGAUCUUGUUAAAAGAUGUGCUGUUCUGUAUGGAUCGCUCCCGUCUUUCCAGGAAAUAAUGAAGCCCAUCCAAAUACUCCUCCGUAAGCAUGUGGCAGUGAGUGAGUACCCUGCGCAAUUACAGGAGUUGCACAACAGUGUUCUAACACAGCUGGAAGCACAAGGACAACGUUAUCAUCCGUUGGUGUGUGAAAAGAAAAAACCCGUGCCACUGAAGCUGUUCACACCCAAAAUAGUGAAAGUCCUAGAAUUUGGAAGAAAACAAGGAAGCAAUGAAAGGGAACAGGAAAGAAAACGACUGAUACAUAGGCACAAACGUGAACUGAAAGGAGCUGUCCGUGAGAUUCGCAAAGAUAACCAGUUCCUUGCCAGAAUGCAGCUUGCAGAAAUUACAGAAAGGGAUUCUGAAAGAAAAAGAAAAGUGAAACAACUCUUUGGGAGUCUUGCUGAGCAAGAGGGCAAUUGGAAGGCAAUGAAGAAAAAGAAGUUUUAAACUUUUGCUGAUCAUGUGUGGAG